AGCAACAUAGAAGUUGUUUACUCUGCUUCUGGUUAGUUUGUUUAGCAGACUCAGUGGGCUGCCUCAGUGCUUUUGGUGUUUGAGACAACUGUAAAAACAGCAAGCCUCAGCAAGCAUUUCACCUCACUUUAGAUCCACUGAUUCUUUUACUGAGGUGGGCCGGUCUUUAUAAGCCAGCGGAUGGAAAAUACAUUUUCUGCUUCAGUAAUCUAGGUCAGCAGUGGGCAGUGAUCGUAAUAGUGAUGUCAGCUGGGAGCAGGGUAGAGGUUGUUCAGAGUGCUGAGGAGCUGCAGCGUGAGGAUCAUGUCAGCACAGACCCUCCAAUAGCCACAGAGGAGUGGCAGGGGGAAGCUGAUGAUGAAGAGAAGGGACACCUGCCAGCCGUUCUGGGAAAGACAGUGACACAGGAGCCUGUGGGCAAAGAUAAACAGCACAAGAGGACGGAGAUGGAGAAGUCUCUCGGGAGAAGGCUGGAUGCUCAAGGGACGAACAGAGAACAGGUGAUCCAGGCAGAUGGCGCUGCAGCAGACUCUGACUGCUUGGUUGAGCACACUCGGAGUGGGUGUGUGAGUAGGAGAGCACAAGUAAAACACCAGAGACAAGCUGUACAGGUGCACAAACUUCAGAGGAGAAACAAGAGCCCAGAAGAGUCAAAAAGACCUGGACCCUUCUUCUAUUUUGGAGGAGGAAAUGGGGAAUCUAUAGUUGUUCCAUACUGUGAGAGCAAUGGCUGGCAGCGUAUUUACGACAAAAGCAGACUGGAUUAUGGAAUGAAAUGGUGUGAAGUGAAAUCUACCCAAACUUACUACCACUUCAGAGAAGGAGAACAGUUGGUGUACCAGAUCCCAAACAACAGAAUCUUGACCACAAAAAUAGGUCUUCUGAACAGUCUCAGAGAGUAUGACAGAGUCAUCAGCAAGAUCAACCAUGGAAAAGGACAGAGAAGACUGGAGAUGGGCGAGUUUAUUCCAGACACGUUCCGUAUGGAUGUAAAAGUCGAGAGGGAAACUUUCUUUUCCCAGCAAGAUGGAUUCUGUGAUGACAAAAGCAACAUAUGGAUCUGCAAGCCAACCGGACUGAACCAGGGUCGAGGCAUCUUCCUUCUUCACACACCGGAGGAUAUUGCAGCCUUCAGAGCCAGGAUGCAGGUGUUAGCAGGAAGCAAAACAAAUAAGGAGACUGCUUUGAGUAUGUCACAAGCAAUGAUUGCUCAACGGUACAUCCAAAACCCUUUGCUCCUAAAAGGAAAAAAAUUUGAUGUAAGAUCGUACUUACUUAUCGCCUGCACCUCACCGUACAUGGUGUUCUUUCGUCAUGGUUACGUUCGGCUGACCUGUGACCUUUAUGACCCCAAGUCCAACAACCUCACCGCACACUUGACCAACCAAUAUAUGCAGAAGCGAAAUCCUCUGUACAGCAUACUGAAGGAGGAGACGGUCUGGUCCAUGGAGCGCUUCAACAGCUACAUUAACGACAGGUUUAUGGUGCCGAAGUCUUUGCAGAGAGAUUGGGUCUUAAAUGUUUUCACAAAAAGAAUGCAGCAGAUUAUGACUCACUGCUUUCUGGCUGUCAAAUCAAAGCUGGAGUGUAAACUGGGAUACUUCGAUCUGAUUGGCUGCGACUUUUUGAUUGACGAAGACUUCAAGGUCUGGUUACUAGAGAUGAACUGUAAUCCAGCUCUUCACACUAACUGCGAAGUGCUCAAAGACGUGGUGCCCAAAACAGUCACGGAAACUUUGGACCUGACCCUGGAGAUCUUCAAUAAAUGCUGCUCUGGCCUAAAGCUUUUGCCCCUGAGCAGUCAGAAAGAUUUUGUUCUACUGCAUUGUGAUGACACUGAGGCUGUGUUAGUCACCAGACAGAGAAGCAGAAGAGCUCUCAGAACAACAUGUUCCAAACAACAAUCUUGACACUGGCACUCGAUAUCUAAUGCAUGUCCAUCUCCCUCUUUGGUUAUUUUGUACAACCCCCAGGUGCUUUCACUCAUACCAGCCAACAUGUACUAAGGCCAAAGCAAAAUUUAGAUAAUGAACAAGCUACCUCAUUCACUUUAUCCAGUCAUCCCGAGUCCUCCUCACACACCGAUCAUGGUGAGGUUUUAGAAACAGGCCAGAAUACUCCGAGUACAAAAUCUGCAGUGUCAUUCCCACAAACAUAGACUGCACCUAGCAGCAACCUGAAGUGACCUCUGUGACCUUGGACCUCAGCAAGCCAGAUUGUGAAGGCAAAAAGACUGUAAUUAUUUCUCUGACUAUAUACAUGCUGAAUGAUGACUCACAUCACUGGAAAACUCAUGACUGACUCUGGCCAUGCAGAGCAAAUGGAUACUCAGAAAGAGGGUUGGAAUCAAAUUGGAGAUGCAUGAAAACAUGAGCAUAAAUGCUAACACUUUACUUCUGAAUUCAUGACACUAUUUACGCUUGUUAAGGCGUUGCUGUCAACUGAUAUAAACUUGUAAAUGGUGGCUCAGUGUUUUUGCACAGUUUGCCUCACAGCUCUGGGGUUGGAGUUAUGAAUCCCAUUUCCAUCCUGUGAGUGCAAAAGUUGUAUGUUCUCUCUUUGAUUCGUUGAAAGACAUGCAUUGUAGACCGAGUGGCAUCUCUACAUUGUCUGUAGUGUGUGAAUGAGUGUGUGAGUGUGACACCCUGUACAGAGCAUCCCGGAUCCCUGCGACAUCGUGUAGAAUAAACAACACGGAAUAGAUGAACCUUCAGCUAAGUUGCAUCUUGCAUCAAUUGUAAGAUGUAAUCUCAAAAAUCAUCAAAUAAAUAAGCUCGGUAAAAUAUGUUUAUGCAGAUGAUGCCUACUGGAAUAAGUCUUUAAAAAUGUGAAUGUAGAUCUAUACCAAUAGUCAGGUUUUUAGUGUGUAUGCAGUCUUAGAAACACCACACACCCCCCCCCCCCAAAUUACUUAGGAAAGACAAAGUCAUCCUCCAUUGCUUCUAUUUUUGGGUUGCCAGAUCUUGACAUAAAGCCCAUCAAAAUCAUUCCAAUGCACAAACACUGGUCUUAUUACAGGAGCUUGUGACUAUGACUAACCCUAUGUUCAUGCUAAAAAGCAACAAGUUGCUCAACAGUUUGUCUCUCAUAUGCAUGUAAUGGCCAGUACUUUUGUUUCUUAUGGGUGUAAAAUGCCCAGAUUUUAUUUUUACAUUUUUUUUUGUGUGUGUUUAUGGUGGUAGCUAUAUUUAGCUAGUUAAACACACAUUAAAUAAUGCACAGUGUAUUUUUUUUUAUUAUUAUUUAUAUAUUUAUAGAUUAGCAAAGUUAGCUAAACAUACUGGCUAUGAAUACUCACUAGAUACACCAACAAUUUCAGUUACUUCAUUCCCGUUUUGUUUAGCAUAUAUGUAUUUGACAGGAAAAUGUAAAACCACAGUUAUAGGUUUUUCUUCCAUAUUUGCAUAUGAAACAGUAAAUGGGAACUCAUUUCAGGUAGGAAGUAAAGUUGUGUGUGGGGAACUAAAGAAAUGUUAAACCACAAACAUAGGAUUGGUCCCAGGAAUCAUCCAGUCCAACGGCUUGGCUUGCCACUGUCUGUGAAACAUGCGUGUACGGAGAAAAUGAUUAUUCACUUUGUCACUGGUGAGUGUGAAUGUGGGGUAGAAGAUUAAACAGUUCAUCAGUUUCGAUGGUGUGAAAACAAAUGUAUUACAAGUCUAAAUAAUCAAUAAAGCAAGCUGACAGUGUGAUGAAUAACCA